AAGACUGCUUUAUCCCUCGAGGCCCCGAAAUUAAAACAUGGCUACCGUGGAUGAGCACAUGGCCGAUUCUGCGGGAAUCGAACUUCGCAGACCGAUUCGCAAGGAGAUUUUAGAUCUGUUCUGGGAGGUAGCAGAGCACCAGGACAAGAGGAGGUUGGACGCGGUGAAGAGACUGAUAGGAGAGCUGAAGAAGACUCAGGAUGAGUACAAUGCGAGUGGGGAGAAUGUUCCACCGUACAGCCCAGAGAUCGGCUACGCUCUGAACCGACUUGUCCACGGCCUUGCCUCCAGUCGUAAGGUGGCCAGGCAGGGUUUCUCAACAGCCUUGUGUGAGCUGUUACAUGAAGUGCCAGCCAUCCCUGUGGAGGAUGUACUUCAGCUCAUCAAGAAAGAACUUCAGGUGGCGAGAGAGGAGAGGGGAGCUAUGUUCGGAGAGCUGUUUGGUUAUCUUGCUGUGGUGCAGAGUGGGAGACUUACAGACAGCCCAUCAGAGACUGUGGUGUCUGUGUUCAAAUCCCUGCAUGGUCUGAGGAAACAUAAACCUUAUCUACAACACAUUGGUGCUCAGGCCAUAGCACAGAUGUUCCAGCAGCUGUCAGAGGAGACCUUCACCCAGCACCUGUACCCACACAUCAGGGAGGAGCUUCAGAACGGGUGGAGCACCUGCGCACCUGAAACCCUGUUCCUUCUGCUGAAAGUACAGCAGAACUUCCCCGGCGUGGUGGACAAGACUUUCUUGAAGAAACACUGGGGACACAAGGAGAUCUUUCGCAAGGAAAACCUAGAGUCUUUGGGGCAGGUUAUCAUGGCCUCGGCAACCGCCCACCCCAACACCCAUGCCGUCUGUGUCCUAAUCCUCACGCGUAUCUGUAAAGACAAGGUUCAUUUUCCCGUCUUCUGGGACAAGAUCGUGGACAAGACCCUCUGCUCGGCCAGCCACGAGCGAAAGCUGCUCGCGUUUAAGUUCUUAGAACACGCCCUUCCCCUGCUCGACGCCGAACAUAUUUCUCAGGCCAUGUCUCCGAGUCUGUUGAAGAUGCUCAUCAAUAACUUGGUGUAUCCGAACAGUUUUCACUCGGCGGCCGCGAAACAGCUGUGUCAGUACCUGGCGAGGUUCGUAAAGUCGUGCUCGGAGGCGGACCGACAGCUGGCCGUGUUGAUGGCGCUGCUGCACAAACCCAGUACGAUCCACUUCGACAGCGUGACCAAGACGCAAACCGUGGCCUCCAUUGUCGGCGGACUGAACGCGGAGGCUGUACUGAGAUACACCGCGUGGCUCAAGAAGGUGUUUUUGACAGGAACGGACUCGGACGAAGAGGUGAAAGAGGGGAGCAUCGAGUCUCACCGUAGAUGGGCGAGCAACCAGCUCGUCCACGUGGUCAAGAACCCCUCGCUAACCAGAACUGAGCAGUGGCUGUUAGACACGACAAAGUUUCUGUUUCUCCACGCGUUCUUCAAGAUAAAGAAGCCCAUAGCAGGCGACGUGGUUUGCGACAGGUCCCCCGCGUUCGAGCUGUCGCAAGAAAGUAGCAAGCUAGCGGCACAGCACUUCAACAGCGUGCUAUCUACCCUCGGUACCAUGCCUAGUUUUAAGCAGGACGGACCCAAACACGCCCUCCCCGGUACGCGAUCCAACGGCGACUUCUGGGUCUACAGUUUGGUCCAGUUUGCCGACAGCCUUCUCAACGACACAGACCAUUUCGAACCCCUAGUGCAGUUCCCAGAAGAGAUGAUGGAAUCAUGGAAUGUAAUGUUGAGAAACGUUGAAGCCAUGAGAAAGAAGACUGCAAAGGGAUGUAAUGUGUCAGAGAGCUUCCAACUUCUUACCUUAAACUUGGGGAUUCAGAUGUUCACGGAUGCAGAUCAGGUAGAAGAAGUUCUGGAAGAAAUCCAGACUUGCUACGAGAAGGCAACAGAGAAGAGGAGAAAAUCACUCAAGAAAGGAGAAGAAGACGAGCCCCACUGGGUGGAGGUUGUCGUGGAGAUCCUGUUGAGCCUGCUGUCGCGUCCGUCACACCUCCUGCGUACGGUCGUGGAUAACGUGUUCCGCGCGGUCUGCCCCCAGCUGACCAGGAAGGGGCUGCAGCUGAUCUUAGACGUGCUGGGUCCAAAGACCGAGGGUGAUGAGGAGGGCCAUGUCAUGGUGGAAGACUUACUUACAGAUGAAGAGGAGGAUGGGGAAGAUGCAGAAGAAAAUGAAGAAGAUGAAGAGAAGAUCAAGCUGAAGCCCAAUGGAGACCUGGGGAGCGAAGAUGAGUCAGACAGUGAUGAUGAUGAGGAGGAGGAGGUCCAAGACGUGGAUGAAGAGUUUAAAGCUAAGAUCAAGGAGGCGCUUGGGAAAGCUGCCGCACCGCAUGAUGACAACGACGACAACGACGAUUUGUCCUCCACGGCCAGCGGUGAAAGCGACCUCAGCGACUCCGCCAUGAUGAAACUCGACGAAUCCCUCUCCAAGAUUUUCCGCACUCAACGAAAGUCCACCAAAGCUACCAAGAAGGAGGCAAAGAAGCUCAUGACAGACUUCAAACAAAGGGUCACUGACCUCCUUGACAUCUUCCUUCGCAAGCAACCAUCCAAUCCUCUCGUGUUGGAGCUCGUAGAACCGCUGUUGAGGAUCGUCCAAGACUCGUUACGGAAGAGCGAGGAGCACGGACUUGCGGAGAAGGUAGCGGGUCUCUACCGGAACAAGCUGUGUAAGAUUAAGGACUAUCCCGUGCUGGGGGAGUCCGAUAGUGAAGAACUGCACGCGGUAUUGAGUAACAUCGUACAGGUGGCGUACAUGGCUCCGUCUGUGUACCUGGUGUCACUGGUAUCAGCUGGCUGCAUGUUUCUGUUGAGAGUGUUACGAGGGAAGACAUCACUUGCUGAACCGUCGCCUGUCAAGACUAGGUCCAAGAGGAAGAAAGAGAAACAAGCAGAGGACAAGUCCACAGGCCCAGAGGACCCAGCCUUAAAGACUGGCCAUAUUGAUGUGCAGAAGGUUGUAGAGUUGUACAAGAGUGCUCUGGAGAACUUCAUGACGCGGCGGGACAGCCACAUCCACGCCGUGCUGUUCGAGGACCUGGUACAGCACUUCCCUGUCCUGGGCUGGCAGCUCGCGGAACAGCUCACUGCCUACAUCACCACGGGGGUGCAGAUCUACCGCCGCACGCAGGCCUGUCACCUUCUCCUCAGACUGAUGAACACCCACCAGAAGCCGCCCGACUCGCAGCAGUGGGCCGCGUUCGUCUCGGGGCUCUCCGAGAAAGUAGGAGAGGUUCUGCACGGGGUCAGUCAGGGCGUCACUGAGGCCAAGCCCAAAUUCCUGCAGGAAGUGUUGAGGACCCUUCAGGCACUGAUUAAGGCUGUGGAGGGCGACUGUAAGAUGUUGAAUGACCAACUGGUGGACGCUGUACAACACUUCAGCCAACAGGAGGUGGCCACGCGGUCCAGCGUGAUCACGGGACUGUGCAAGAACUGUCUCAAACUGAUGGGGCACAGCACAAAUCUACCAACUGGCAAGAAAGGGAAGAAGAGGAAGGUGUCAUCAGACAGACAGGCCCCUGAAGACCAGUCAGAAGAGACCCCUAGCAAGAAGACAAAGAACUCCAAGCAAACCUCACCCGAUGAAGUCAAUCUUUCCAUCACAGUCAAUAACAAUGGACAUGAAGCUUCUGAUGCAAUGAAGCAAGAGAAACAUAAAAUGAAACAGAACAAGUCAGACAAAAGGAACAAGAUCGCACUAGAGAAUGUUAAAUCUUCUAAUGUAGGGCAAGUUUUAGAGAAUAAAGCAGCUAAGAAAAAGCAGAAAUUUACAAAAGUAAGGAACAAACCCCAAAGUGUGUCUCAAAACUGAUUUCUUUGAUGUACAGAAGUUUUGUUCGUAAUUCUUUUGAUAAUUGUUGUAAGUUUGUAACACUACAGACUGAAGGUACUUUGUAAAAUUAAUUUGUAACAGUAGAAGCUCCUUAUAAAAAAAACUUAUGUAAAUAUUAACAGUUGCUAGAUAAAAUAGGUCAGUAUUUAUCAUAUCCCUUGGUUUCAAAAUUUUUUUGAGAUUUUUUGGCUACAUUUCACGGUAUCACAGUAUGAGAACCACUUCCAGAAUAAUGGUCUAUCAGUGCAUUGCAUUUAUGAUAUUGUUAUAUUUAUUUGAAAAAUCAUUUUAGAACUUUCAGAUGUAGCUAAUUAAAUCCUUUCUUAUCUAAGUAACGUCUAUUUUGUAAUAAUACUUCAAAGUAUAGACAAAUCUUGUUCUGAGAAAAAAGGCAUGUCCACAUAAUGUUUGAGAUCUUUAUUCCCAUAAUGUUCUUAAUAGUGUAUUCUGAAAAUGUGACAAAGGAGAUAUUUUCCAUCUAAUAGUGUUGUUAACCAGGGCUGUUUCAAGCUUUUAAUAUUUUCCCCAUCCCACUCAUUGUUUAGGAGCCCAAGUUGUUGUUCAAUCUUGUCAUUUUCAUUCUCCUAUGCAAAGGCGAAACAGAGUCGUCAGAGGGACUCCAUCUGUUUUCAGGAAUAAAUGACUGACGGUACUCUGCUAUAGGAGAAUG